ACCCUUCUACAGUCAUUCUAAGUUGUGGUAAUGUGGUCUCUUAGGAGUAAGUGACUGUGUCCCUGCUGCCUGAGAAGUCCCCUGCGUACAGCACAGCACCUGUAGGAAGAAUUCAUUUUCCUCUUCAAAAGAGAAACACCACCGAAUGGCUGAGCAACAUGGGCAAAAAAGCAACCAGGGCAGCAAUAUGGAACCAGGGGAUAGCAUGAAGAACCUGCUAACAAGCAGGCAGUGCCUGAAUCACCGCAAAUCACUACCCAGAAGAUCUGUUGAGAAGGUGAACAAAUGCAUUCAGGUUGACAUGGACUUGGAAACAGAGAAUCCCAGUGUAGAUUUGACUCUUUCUCCAAAAAUCAGACUUUCCAAGAAGCCUCAGCAAUGUCCAGGGAACACAUCACCACCCCAGCAAGGUGUCUCCUCACACUCCCAGGGGCAGCCUGCUAUGCCAGCUCUGCUACCAUUGCUUCCACCACCUCCAUUCCUUCCUCCUAGGUGUAAGAUUCCUCCCCCACCCCUUCUCAUGCCUGGCAUAAAUGCAUCAUCACUCCCACCUCCUCAGCUGUGCAGUAAUCCUGGGUGCAGCCAUUUCACUUGUGGAUACAGCGAGCAGCCCUGCCCUAAGAAGACACCGAAGCUAAGGAUGAAGGUGUUUCACUGGCAGAAGCUCCCCUCUGAUGUGGUGAGACAAAGCCGCUCCAUGUGGGCUGUGGUACCAAGUGGCAGCAAGGAGCUUGUAGAACCUGACUAUGCAAGCUUGGAGCUACUUUUCUGUGCCUCACCAACAAAACCAAAGGAGACAAGACCAACAAAGAAGUCAAAAGAGAUAAACAAACUGAAAUCUUGCAAAGAAGAAAGGUCAGAACUAGCAAAUGCAGACCAGUUUUAUCUCCAUCUCUUGGAAGUUCCUAGCUACCAGUUGCGAAUUGAAUGUAUGCUGAUUUGUGAGGAAACACAAAUUCUUCUGCAGUGUCUGUGGCCAAAAGCACAAGCCAUCAGGACAGCUUGUGAAAAAAAUGUAGUGAACAAUGAAAACAAUUCAACAGAUUCUUCCCCUUAG